AUGGCAGCUACUGCCCCAAGCUCGUCGUCUCCCUCCAAGCCUUUUGACAUUGUCGCAACAUAUAAUGAACUGCUUCGCUCGGACCCAGACCUAACGAUGCCAAUCGCCGCUAUUGAAGCGCUUGUCCUACUUCUUACACAUUCCCCUUCCUCUACAAUAUCUGAGACCCUUGAUUUGCUAGAAAAGUCAACCACACACUUGAAGAAAUCGAUCCCAAAUCCCAUUGGCCUUUCGGCGGGAACCGACCUUUUUCAGCGAUACCUCAUAACCACCUUACAAAGACCAGGACAGCUAGGACCUGCAGGAGAUUUUAAUGCCAUCAGGGCACACCUUCUCUCGAACGGCCGAUUGUUCAUUAGACGUGCAAAAGAAAGCCGAGACAAGAUCGCUGCAUUUGGAAGGGGCUUCGUUCGCGAUGGAAGUACCGUGCUAACAAAUGGUGGAUCAAGAGUGGUCGCCUCCUUAUUGCAACAGGCUGCCGAUGAGAAAGGCGGGCCAUCCGCGGUGCGGUUCCGCGUAAUAUACGUUCUGUCUCCCGGAAAGGGCGAUUCCGCGGAGCCUGAGGGUAUGGAGACAGUGCGUGCACUACGCGCAAAGGGCGUUCCUGUCUCUACAAUUCCCGAGUCUGCCGUUGCAUAUUCUCUAGGAAAGGCCGACAUAGUCAUCGUUGGUGCGGAAGGUGUGGUUGAAAACGGAGGCAUCGUGUCGCGGAUGGGGACGUAUCAAAUUGGUCUCCUGGCCAAGGCCAUGGGGAAGCCUUUCUACGUCGUGGCAGAAAGCCACAAGUUUGUCCGAUUGUAUCCGCUUGGGCAAUAUGAUCUACCUAUUGAACAGCAUGUGAUCGACUUCAAAACAGAAGAGGACAUUGCCGAUGGAGCCAAGCAACAGUCCCUGGCGCAUAGUUCCGACGUGGUUGACUUCACACCGCCCCAUCUAAUAUCCGCAUUAAUUACGGACAGCGGUGUCCUUACUCCAAGUGCUGUUAGUGAAGAGCUAAUUAAAAUAUGGUUUUAA